UGUCCAGUUUAGCCCACAAACUUAACAACAUUCAUGGCCACUUGAUCAGGCAGCUCAACUUGUGCAAACAACAAAUUGGGGAGAAAAAGCAUAUGGAGGCUUACCAGACACUAGUGAGACUAUUUGAAACCAUUCAUCUUGACAACAUGAAGAUUCUCAGAGCACUCAUGUACUCCAAGGAUGACCUGCCUAUCAUCAACGGCACCACCAAGAGAAGAGUCAGCGUCGAAGUACUGAGGAGAAAGAUCGUCAUGCUCUUCAUCACCGAUCUCGAUAUUAGCCAUGAAGAGCUCUUCGUUUUGAUUCAAUUAUACAAUGACACACACCAAGGAAAAGUGGAGAGACACUAUGAGAUCGUAUGGCUUCCUGUCAGUGACCGUCAUGUUCCUUGGCUACAGUCAAGAGAAGAAAGCUUCAAUCGCUUGGCAUCAUCAAUGCCAUGGUACUCUUUGGUGCAUCCUUCAUUGUUGGACAAGGCGGUGGUGAAAUACAUAAGGGAUGUGUGGCAUUUUGACAAGAAGCCAUUGUUGGUGGUGUUGGAUCCACAGGGGAAAGAGGUGUGCCCCAAUGCACUUCACAUGAUGUGGAUUUGGGGUAGUCUAGCCUUCCCUUUCACUAGCAACAGGGAGGAGGCUCUAUGGAAGCAAGAGAUUUGGAGGCUUGAAUUAUUAGUUGAUGAGAUUGAUCCUGCCAUACUUCAAUGGGUGAGUGAAGGGAGGCAUAUAUGCCUCUACGGAGGAGAUAACAUAGAGUGGAUAAGAAGUUUCACCAGAACACUGAGACGCGUCGCUCAAGAUGCAAGGGUCCCAUUGGAGAUGGUCUACGUGGGAAGGAGUAACCCAAAAGAGAAGGUCAAGAGAGCAAUGUCAGUGAUUGCAGAAGAGAAACUGAGUGGGUAUUGGCCAGACGUGGCCAUGAUAUGGUUCUUUUGGGUGCGUCUAGAAAGCAUGUGGUACUCCAAGAUGCAACAUGACUGCACAGUUGAGGAUGAUCAUAUAAUGCAAGAAGUGAUGCAGAUACUGAGCUUCGAUGGCAGUGAGGAAGGCUGGGCGGUCAUUAGCCCGGGCUCGGUAGGGAUCCUAAAGUCACAGGGAAACAAGCUGUUGGAUUGUCUAAUGCAGUAUGAUGCUUGGAAAGACACUGUGGAGCUGGAAGGGUUCAUUCCGGCGCUGGGGAAAGCUCUGCUGCCAUAUCAGACUCAUGAGCACUGCACCAGACUUAUACUUCCCAGAGAGUCAGGCAAGAUUGGAGAGAAGAUUGUGUGCGCUGAAUGCAAGAAACCCAUGGAGAAGUAUGUUCUUUAUCGCUGCUGCACUGAUUGAAUGGUGCUCAUGGAUCAAUGGUGGUUUGUUCAUAUAUGUGAGAAGUAUGAGCUGUUCAUAUUAUAUAUAUAUAUAUGGCGAACUCUGGUUGUUAUAAAUAGUUGUUUUUCUGUUUAAUGGAUGAAUAUUUGAAGGAUUUGCCAUUUGGUUAUUUUGUUGGUGAAAAAGGAACUUCA